UUUUUAUCCAAUCAUUCCCCUUUCAGGCGCGUCUAAGCCUACAUGUACCAACAACGCGUAGGAUCCGCCAUUAUGAUGCUAUGCAAGGCUAACGAAUAUCUAUGCUAGCUAAAUCUCAGGGGAUAAUUAGUAAUUAUGUCGGGAUAUCAAGAAGACGAUACGAUUCAUGGCGCGGAAGACAUACGCGAAGUCCUGACAGAUGUGGUUGAGGCAUCUAAACUGACGGCAAAGCAACGUGGAAGCAAUGUAAAGCUAUCCGUAGAGAAGUUGGCUUCGUUGUCUUAUGAGCAAGGUCUCCUCCCGGACGAUCUAGGCCAACUCAUAGAUCUGGUUACUACUCCAAGUUUUCUUGAUCAGGCAAGCCUCGGAAAUCUCAUACGGAAUUUAUAUCCGGUAGCUACUGUGAACAUCGAGCUUGUAGUUAGGAUCAUUGGCUGUCUCGGGCAUGGAAAGCUGAAACCAUCUCUUAACAUCCAAGGAGCGCUCCUGAGAUGGCUUGUUAUGGUUCAUCACAUUAUAGAAAACCAGGCCAUCUUAUCGCGCGCCUACUCGGUUCUAUUCAAUUUACUAGAAACUGCCGCAAUUAGGAAGCAGCUAUGCCAUCUACUAGCUCUCAUCACUCGGCGUCGGCAUGUGCGACCCUAUCGAAUCCAGAGCCUUUUAUCCUUGUCUAGGCAAACGGGGAAUGAUCCUGCAGUGACCGGCUUGCUCCGAGUGUAUAAAGACUACUACCCCGAGAUCAUUGUAGGGGAAGCCACUCGUGCUAAAGCGUCGGCUUUUAAGCAUCCAGACCCGCAAUGGCGUGAGAGGCUCGAUGAAAUUCAACAAGCCCAUGUAGAACGAAGUACGAAUAGAGCAGAACGCCCGCCGAAUGCCUUUAGAGUUGCCAGAAGUAGAAUAAAUGGCAAGAGCUCCGGUCCAUUCCCGGAGGUGCACACGUCAAACGCGACAGAGAACUCUAUCACCCUAGAGGAGAUUGAGAACGUAGAUAGCUUCGUGAAAAAUCUAGAAAAGAUUGAAUUGCCAAAUCAGCUAAUAGCGAUCCUAGGAGAUCCAUUACUACAAAAGUUGCUUGUUUUGAAGCCUGACGCUGAAGCUCAUCAGAGGGUGAGUAGUUGGUUGGCUUCAUACGGACAAGAUCUCAUAAGUGGGGAAUCCAACACAGAUUCCAGUGAUGGCUUGGAAAUACUGAAUAACUACGUGUCAAGUACUAAGACUUUCCCCCCUAUAUUCUUGGCUUUCUUCAUCGAGUAUCUUAAGAUAUGGAAUGGCCAUGAUGGAAAAGGCUUGAUAUUCACUAUAUUGUCACACUUGCCAUUGCUUAAUUAUCGAGAACUCUCCGCUGGUAUUUUCCAGACGCUUGAAGCUAAGGUACUCGACGAUACCACAGUUUCCCAAUUACAAUUACUCGAGUUUUAUACGAUGCUGCUUCAGCGUUGGGCAAUCUCCCUAGCAUCACUCGAGCAAAAGUCGCCAAAUGCAUCGACUAUCAUCGCUGACCUGGUGGGUCAUGUCAACAAUCUCUGUCUCACUCUUAUCCAGACCUCACCCACCAAUUCUACCUACUCAAAGGUCUUGGAUUUCUACGAGCAAACUGCAAUUCUGUCUUCGGAUCCAAAACUGCACCAUCACACUUGGAUUAUGAUACCACCGUCUCCGUUGGUAUACAUCCUACACUUUAGCUUCUGUCCGAAUACUCUCUCCAGACUCUGUUCCAUAUUGUCGAAAUACAAGGCAGGGUUUCAGAAGGCUAUGUCGACGUCCCGCUCCCAAUAUACUCCAGAGUACAUCAACGAGUUCAACGGCUUUUUGAUGGACAUUUGCAAUUGUAUCUGGCGAUCGCGUGCCUUCAAUAGCAACGAUGUAAAUUCUCAUGGUUGUUUAGUGCCUCGGCCACUCUUCGAAGACCUCGCAGCAUAUGCUAGUCGCCUUAAGACGAGCGCACCCCUUUCGACACUCUUUUCUCUUUCCUAUUCGCCAGCCCUAAGCCUCUCAGCAAUCUCGCACUUUCGGGAGUUGGAAGACGAGGCGUUAGUACAAGGCGAGCUAAGCACUAGGCACGCCGGGCCGAUAACUCGUGCCAGUCUCAGUUCUCUGGCUCACAGUGGUGGUUUGAGAGUUGGUUGGGAUGACUACCGCCUUGGCGUGCUAAAUUGUUUGGAGCAGAAAGGCAUGGCUGGUGUUGGAGAGUUGAUGUACAACACUAUGACAAACGUGAUGAAGAGGAGGUCAUUAAUGGCGAUGGCAGACGCGGCAUAGUAAGUAAUACAACAAGACUUGGUC